ACGCCGUCGGCGCGUCCCCGUCCGCAUCUCCGCCCCUGGCGUCGCGCGUCGUCGUCACCACCGCGCGGCGUACCGCGCGCUUCGGGCAAAGACGACCGCCAAACCCAAAUCAACAAAACGGACCGCGUCGUGAAGAUCACCUUCGUCCUUCCCGCCGACGCGGACGACUUCCCCGGCGACGAGGACGACGUCCGCGAGGUACACUGCGAGGCGAAAGUCGGCGAGAACCUCCUGAGCGUCGCGAUGAGAUGCGGCGCGGUGAACCCGGACGACACCGCGCAGUUCUGCCUCGAGGGGAGGUGCGACAGUUGCCUCAUGGAGGACGUCAACACCGGCGAGAUGAUUCGGGGAUGUCAGGACGCGGUCGACGAGUCCGUCGGGGAACCGAUGCGGCUGUGGAUCGGCGGCGACGGUGGGAACUCGCUCCCGGUCGGGCCGUGGGUGAACGACGCGGGGACGAACGCGAACGACGACGUGCUUUUCGAUGAAGAUUCGGACGAUCCCUUUGGACUCACGCGGAAUCCCAUCGAGGGCGACCCGGUGCUGGAGUGGAUCGAGGGCGACUUGCGGGAGACUGGGGGGUCCUCCAGGUGACGUACCCCGACACCUAUCGAAUGUUCUAACGAGAUGACCG